CUCUUUCCUCUGUCUCUCUCUCUCAUGGAGAAGAGAACGACGAAAAGAACCAGUUCGGUUCCCUCCUCCUUCGACUGACCGAACCGACGACUUCGCAGAGGGAGAAAAUGGCAACAGGAUCCCGCAUCGAGGCGAUCGUGUCGUCUAUCGUGGCCGUCCAUCCCCACGAGAUCUCUGCUCUCAUCCAUUCAUUUUCCUGCUUCUUCUUUAUUUUAAGUGCAUAUUUCGUCGUUCUCCCAUUACGUGACGAAGGUGCAAUAUCUUUAGGCCUAACUAAUCUGCCGGGACUCUUUGUGGGAUCUUUAGCACUCACACUGGUUGCUGCUCCAGUUUCCACUGUCAUGUUUUCACUGCCUAAUCUUUCCAAAGGGAGGGCUUUGCUUUUGAUACACAGGUUUUUUAGUGUAUCACUUGUAAUAUUCUUCAUUCUAUGGUAUGCGUCCUCACCUGGAUAUUCACCUUCCAUUUCGAAGGUUUCAAUUUCUGAUUCCAUAGUGAAAGAGGACAGAAAGGUUGAAGAUAAUCAAAGUCCUGCAUAUUCUGCAGGAUGGGGCCACCAUGGAUGGUUAUAUGUUUCAGUUAGAACUGGCUUCUUCCUUUGGGUUGCACUGCUUAAUCUUAUUACUAUAUCUUCGACCUGGGCUCGAGUAAUUGACAUUAUGGACAGUGAGUCAGGUUCGAGAUUGAUUGGCUUUGUUGGUGCUGGUGCUACACUCGGGCAGCUUUUUGGGUCAUUGUUUGCAGCGGGAACUGCUUGGUUGGGACCUUUUUUGCUUCUCUUUGCUGCUUUCUUGAUGGAGCUUGCUGCACAGGCAUCAAAAGGAAUCAACCAGGAUACACGCCAUCAGUCUGAAGAAUUGUCUUCCCUCAGAGAAUCUAUUCCAGCUGAACAUGCUCAGGCCGAUGGACAAGCAAGACCCGCUCACACAGUAUCUUCCCCUAAAUCAUCUACGCCCACAGAGCCUCAGCUUUUCAUCAUGUUAGAUGGGCUGCGCCUGAUAAUGUCAUCAACUUACCUGCUUUAUGUGUCUCUAUUUCUGUGGUUGAGUGCAGUUGUCUCUUCCUUCUUUUACUUUCAGAAAGUGACUGUGAUUGCCAUGACUGUUGCAAGCCCCAUUGAUAGAAGAAGAUUGUUUGCACAGAUCAAUAGCUUCAUUGCUAUUUUUAUCCUCGCCGGACAGCUUACUUUAACGGGUCGUAUUCUUACAGUUGCUGGGGUGACUACAGCUAUUUGCUCUGCUCCGUUUGCUGCCUUUUCAAAUAUGGUUGCUCUGUCUCUAUGGCCGACAUGGGUUGCGGUGGCUGUUACUGAGACUCUGCGAAAGGUAGUGAUGUAUGUUGUAACACGCCCUGGAAGGGAACUCCUGUUCACUGUCGUUUCACAGGAUGAGAAGUACAAAGCGAAGGUAUGCAUAGAUGUCAUUGUUCAAAGGCUUGGAGAUGCAACAGCAGCUGGAAUAUACAAGCUGCUUUUCAGCACUCUUGAUAGGAAAGCAUCAGUUGUCUCUCUGUAUGCUUUGCCAGUAUGCUUCUUGUGGCUAGUCAUAGCAUUCCAUUUGGGACGGCGCCGAGCACACCUUGCCAAACUCCAAACUGUUUCUGGAUCAUAGAUUUCUUAAAGAGCAUCUAAAAGGUAACAUUAGCAUCUUUCAUGUAAUUCUUGUGUAAUCCAACUCAAAACCCUGAAUGUAUGAACAAGCUUGAUGAAAGAAGGGCGGAAUAUGUUACAUUUCGCCUUCUUCGAGAAAAUGAAAGGAAAGAAAAAGUAAAAAAGAAAUCAAAGAAACCGAAAUGUUUCAGUCA